CGCAGUCCUCCCGUCCAGCUACGUCGACACACGGUGACGGGACACGCGCUGUAAGUUCGGGUCGGUCCGGACCUCGCGGGAGCCUCCGCAUUCCACGAUGACAGGAUCGCCCCGCUGCUGUAGCCCGCAGGCGUGCGCGAUCGGCAUUCAGAGCCACUAAGAACAGACACUGAACCCCAAAGAUUUCCCACCGGUUGGACUCGGGCUGCUGGCGAACGGGACUCUCGCGUCCCGCUCCUCCCCACUUGGAAAGCUACGGUCCCUGGGCAAACAGUGUGCGAGAUGGGACGGACGUCGAAGGACAAGCGGGAUGUCUACUACCGCCUGGCCAAGGAGAAUGGCUGGCGUGCCCGCAGCGCCUUCAAGCUGCUACAACUCAAUGAGGAAUUCCAACUCUUCCAAGGUGUGACACGGGCAGUUGACCUGUGUGCAGCCCCGGGCAGCUGGAGCCAGGUGCUGAGCCAGAAGAUUGGGAGUCCACAGGGGUCUGGCCAUGUGGUGGCUGUAGACCUUCAAGCUAUGGCUCCACUACCAGGUGUGUUACAGAUCCAGGGGGACAUCACCCAGCUGUCCACUGCCAAGGAGAUCAUCCGGCACUUUGAGGGCUGCCCAGCGGACCUAGUGGUGUGUGACGGGGCUCCCGAUGUAACUGGCCUCCAUGAUGUUGAUGAGUAUAUGCAGGCCCAGCUUCUCCUAGCCGCUCUGAACAUUGCUACACACGUCUUGAAGCCAGGGGGCUGCUUUGUAGCCAAGAUCUUCCGAGGCCGGGAUGUGACCCUGAUCUACAGCCAGCUGCGUGUCUUCUUUUCCAACGUGCUCUGUGCCAAGCCUAGGAGCAGCCGGAACUCCAGCAUCGAGGCCUUCGCUGUCUGUCAGGGUUAUGACCCCCCUGAGGGCUUCCUGCCAGACCUGACCAAACCCCUGCUGGACCACUCUUACGAUCCAGAUCUCAACCAAUUAGAUGGACCCACCCGCAUCAUUGUGCCAUUUGUAGCCUGCGGGGACCUGAGCUCCUAUGAUUCGGACCGCAGUUACCCACUGGCCCUGGAGGAUGGCUCAGAGUACAAGUACACGCCUCCCACGCAGCCCCCCAUCUCACCGCCAUACCAGGAAGCCUGCACGUUGAAGAAGAAGGGGCGGCUGGCCAAGGAGAUCCGCUCCCAGGACUGCCCCAUCAACACAGUGGACACAUUGGCCCAGCCCCUGGCUGCCCCACAGCGCCACACCCUGAAGGCCUCUGAGGUGGAAGACAGUGGAAUGAAUUGUUCACCUUAACACAUCAAGCUGGCAGUCUGCGACAACUUGGAAGCUGUUUGCUGUCAGGAGAGCCAGAACUUGUGUUAAUGAACUUGUUUUUCAAAUAUCUCGUCACUGGGCCCUGAACACAAGCUUCGAGUGGGAACCUGCAAUGACCACCAGGAACACAGCCAGGAAAGAAACACCAUGGAAUGUUCGUUUGAACUACACAACGGGUUCUUGACUGAGAUCUUGCCUCUUCUCUGAAUCUUCCCAGGGGUAUCCAUGAAUUUGAUGAAGGAAAAUAGUACAUCUUUAUUUUCACUAAUAUGACUAAAAUUUAGCUAUAGUCCCAAAUAUAAACUUCUAGCAGUAAAUCAUAAUUAUAAAAGCAGUGCCUGCAACUUUCCUGCCAAACCAAAUCAAAUCAGUUCAUUUUUAUAGUAGGGUUGUAUGGGCAUCAUGCAAUAUUGUUCACAUUCGUCACUAAUUGGAAUUAUGGAUAUCUUAUCAUUUGAUGUAUUAAUAAAAAUGCCAUCUAUUGUUACA